UCAACCCUAAUUAAAUCGAGAUGGGAGAAAGAGAAGUUGUGAAAAAGAACAACCCGCUGGGUUUAGAUCUGGAGAAUAUUGUGUGGCAUGUCAGGAAGCCAAAAGACCAGCCGAUCAAAGUGCGGUUAAUUCUUCCAAUGAGUAUCACGUGCGGCACGUGCGGUAACAACAUCUGCAAGGGGACGCAAUUCAAUUCCCUCAAAGAAGACGUUGUGGGAGAGACGUUUAUAGGUAUUCAAAUCUUAAGGUUCUAUUUCAAGUGCACUAAAUGUCGUGCUGAAAUUACUUUCAAGACGAAUCCUCGGAACAGCGAUUUCAUUCUCGAGUCCGGUGCAACGAGGAAUUCCGAACAAGUGGAUGAAGCUGCAAUUGUAAAAUCGGUGCCAUCAGCUGGUUCUUCGACUAGGAUUAAAGUGUGCGACGAUUCUUCUUCUCCGACAAAUAGCCAUUAAGUUAAAAGAUUGUUGUUUUUAUGAUGCAUAAGCUUUUUAGUCUAGUUGUUAUAGUUUCCCUUAUAUCAGUUCAAUUUUUUGG